AGGCAGUGGGGCAGGAUUACUGAUUACAUUAGAACCUGUAGCUGGCUCUUCUUCCGCAAUCAACAGCUGCAUCAUGCCUGCCUACAGAAACAAUACAUUCAAGGACGGCCUCUUCAAGGGAAAGGUCGUCUUCUGCACCGGUGGAGCAGGUUCUAUUUGCGGGCGACAGGUUGAGGCCCUUGUCAUUCUAGGUGCCAAUGCCGUGAUUACAGGCCGUAACAAGGAGAAGACGGAGAAGCGAGCUGCCGAGAUGUCGCAGCUCCGACCAGGAGCAAAGGUCAUUGGUAUGGCUGUUGAUGUUCGUGAUGCAAAGGCCAUGGCUGCAGCUGCUGCAGAGACAGUCUCGAAGCUCGGCAGUCUCGAUUUUUGCAUCGCCGGAGCAGCUGGCAACUUCUUGGCCAAGAUUGACAACUUGAGUGCCAAUGCCUUCAAGACUGUCAUUGACAUUGAUGUGCUCGGUUCCUACAAUACCAUCAAGGCUUGUAUCCCUCAUCUCAAGAAGAGUCGUGGACGCGUUCUCUUCAUUUCUGCUACAUUGCACUACCAGGGUACGCCCUUCCAGGCACAUGUCUCGGCAGCCAAAGCAGCUAUUGAUGCGCUCUCACAGUCCAUUUGUGUGGAGUUUGGACCAUACGGCAUCACAUCAAACGUGAUUGCCCCUGGCCCUAUCGCCAACACGGAAGGUAUGUCGAGGCUUCUGCCGCAGUCUAUGAAGGACCAGAUGGAUCGCAAGAUUCCAAUGCAGAAGCAAGGUGAUGUCGAUGACAUUGCUGAUGCAACCAUCUACUUGUUUGCACCAUCAGGUGAUUGGGUCUCUGGACAAAUUCUGAUCGUAGACGGCGGUGCCUGGCACAAUGCUCAGGGCUCAUUGCCAUACCCUGAAGCCAUCUUGGAUGGAGAGCUGCCAGACGACGUUAAGCAGAGGCCGCCAACGAAGCUUUAAGCUGAUUUGCAAUAGGAAUUUCAAGCAUGCGGCGUAUUCCUAUAAGAAGAUCCAGGACAGCCGAAUUGUGGCAAUUUGCCAAUUGUUAAUGAUAUGGUGUAGUGAAAAGCUUAUACCUCUGAGCUCAAAAAAACGAUGUACCCUGUUUCAGCCAUCGUGCCAGCAUUACCUGUGCAACAGCAGGCUGAGUCUCAGGUACAUCGUGACC